CGCAACGAUUUAUCAAGGACGACUUGAUUCGACAGAGCGCAAGCACAGAGUAUAUCAUCGAGGCAGUGGUUUCUCUACAGAAAAGGCGGUAGCGACUCUAGAGCCUUCUCAUCUUCGCUCUCUUGCCAUUUCCAUCUCUCCGCCUCGGUUUUACGGGGCGCGUCAACCUCGACACGAUGAUCCUCGAAGACCAAAGAUAUCUUCACGAAGACCUCGAGCGACUAGAACAAGGAAUCGCCGACCGCAUUGGCGAAGAACCGAAACACAUCCGCGACCGUCUCAAUCGCGACCACGAAAUAUCGCAGCUGCUCGACCAGAUUCAAUCACAAUCCUCCAAGCUCCUGGACAUUUACCGAGACAACCAUGGGUUCCUCUCUCGCGAGGUCCAGCAAAUCGGCGCCGAGGACCCUUUCGAAGAAUUCUAUGACCAGAUAAAGAAUGCCCGCGAGCACCAUGCCAAAUACCCGGCCGAGCAGGCAGAGAACUCGGAGCUGCGGUACCGUGCGAAGAAGUCCGGUGACGAGCCGGUGCCCUACAUCGUCGACUCGUUGUUUUCGGGCGAGGAAGGAUUCGGCCGCUUCUUCGACCUCUAUACUUGCCACGAGGCGUACCUCAACUUGCCCGGCGUCAAGCGGCUGUCCUACCUGCAAUACCUCGAGGUUUUCGACAACUUUGCUCCCGGUGCAGGUGGCGUCAAGAGGAACGACAAGUUGACGGAUCAAUAUUUCAAGUAUGUAGGGGAGCUGUCAUCGUAUCUGGAGUCGUUCAUGCGCAGGACACGGCCGCUCGAGAACCUGGACAAGGUCUUUGCCGGUUUCGACAAGGAAUUCGAAGAGGCGUGGGAGAAGCAAGAGGUCCCCGGUUGGCAGGCGGAGAACGGUACCCAUGGCGGGGCAAAGCAAGUAAGCACGGCCGAUGCGAAUUGGUGCGAAGACUGCGAGCGGGAGUUCAAGAAUGAGAACGUGUACAAGGCCCACCUGACUGGGAGGAAACACACCAAGGCCGCGGAGGCGAGGAAAGCCCGGCUAGAGAGUUCGGCGGAAGAGACCAACGGCCGAAACGGCGCCAAGGGUGGUCUGUCAGGAAGCCGGCUCAAGGAGCGCGCCGUGGCGGAACGCGAGUUCCGAGUGAAGAAGUUGGCGGCGGCGAUGAGCACAGAACGCAGCGACACGCGGGUCAACGUCGAGCGCAGGCAGGGCAUGACGGAGCGGGAGCGGCAACAGGAGCUCGAGAAUCUCAUGAACCUUACAGCCUCCAACGGCGGCGGCGGCGGCGGCGGCAGGCGGAACGGGCAGGAGGGUGGGGACGACGAGGACGAAGAUGGCGAGGAUGGGGAGGAGAAGAUCUACAACCCGCUCAAGCUGCCGCUGGCGUGGGACGGUAAGCCCAUUCCCUUCUGGCUGUACCGGCUUCAUGGGCUGGGCGUGGAGUUCCCGUGCGAGAUAUGCGGCAACUUCGUGUACAUGGGACGACGGGCGUUCGAUAAGCACUUCAACGAGGCGCGGCACAUUCAUGGGUUGCGGUGCCUGGGCAUCACCAGCACGACGUUGUUCCGUGACAUCUCGAGCAUCGAGGAGGCGACGAACCUGUGGGACAAGAUUCAGCGUGAAGCCAAGAAGCACAAUGUGGACGAUGGCAGUAUCGUGCAGAUGGAGGAUGCUGAGGGCAACGUCAUGCCGGAGAAGGUGUACUAUGAUUUGCAGAAACAAGGAUUGCUGUGAGCGAACGCUUGCAGCUGUACGAAAGUCUGCGGUGGUGUUAGAUAAUAGAUCUUUGUUUGUGAUACCAAAAUUCAAAGGGGAGGACCCGAUGUCUUGUGUCCUCCGUCCCCAAGUUUGUAGAACACAGACCGCAGACAGUGUAGAUUUUGCC